CCAUCACCUGCCCAGGUGCUGCAGGACCUGCUGGCCCGCUAUGGGGACAACAGUACCAUCACAGUGCCUCAGCUGCGCUCCCUGCUCGCAGCGCUCAGCCUGGGUCAAAGAGAAGGCGUCGACGAUGGCGCCGACGAGGCGGGGAUGACAGAGUGUUUGCCUGCAGACACGCUGGCCUUCUACAGCAUCAGCGAGCAGAGCCGGCUGGAUGGGUCGGGUCUACAGAAGCUGUGUCCCACCAUGCUGCAGCAUCUGGACUCUGGCGCUUGCAAGAGGAAGAAGGAGGAGGAGCCUGAUCCUGACUCCUCCCCCAGGCCUUCGGAUGCGGAAGUGUGGGGUUAUGGGAUCCUGUGUGUGACACUGAUCUCUCUGUGUUCGCUGGUGGGGGCCAGCGUGGUGCCCUUCAUGAGGAAAACCUUUUACAAGCGGCUGCUGCUCUUCUUCAUAGCCCUGGCCAUUGGCACGCUCUACUCCAACGCUCUGUUUCAGCUCAUCCCAGAGGCCUUUGGUUUUGACCCCAUGGUGGACUUCUACGUGUCCAAAUCUGCCGUGGUCUUCGGGGGCUUCUACCUUUUCUUCUUCACAGAAAAAGUCCUCAAAGUCGUCCUCAAACAAAAACACGGGGGCCACGGCCACAGCCAUCACACCGGUGCGGAUCAUUACUCCAUGCCUCACGGAGACUUGGAGGAGGGGGAGGAGAAGCUGCAGCAGAACGGAGAGGUCACCAGUUUGGCUCAAGCCAAGGUGGACGCCGGUGAGGGCGAGCUCAUGCUCAGCCCUGGACAAACACCACAGGAGGCUCAGAGUCCAGACAGUGGCUCCAGGUCCAGAAAGCGUGGCGGCACCUGCUAUUGGCUGAAAGGAACGACCUACUCUGACAUCGGGACUCUGGCCUGGAUGAUCACGCUGAGCGACGGCCUGCACAACUUCAUCGACGGUUUAGCCAUCGGCGCCUCCUUCACGGCCUCCGUCUUCCAGGGCAUCAGCACCUCCGUGGCCAUCCUGUGUGAGGAGUUUCCCCACGAGCUGGGAGACUUUGUGAUCCUGCUGAGCGCCGGGAUGAGCAUCCAGCAGGCUCUGUUCUUCAACUUCCUGUCCGCCUGCUGCUGCUACCUGGGAAUGGGCUUCGGGAUCCUGGCCGGGAACAGCUUCUCCCCCAACUGGAUCUUCGCUCUGGCCGGAGGAAUGUUCCUCUACAUCGCUCUGGCUGACAUGUUUCCAGAGAUGAACGAGGUGAGUCGUGAGGAAGAGGACGCAGGGGGGAGCCGCUUCCUCGUCACCUUCGCCAUCCAGAACGCCGGCCUCCUGACGGGCUUCUCCAUCAUGCUGCUCCUCACCACCUAUUCAGGUCACAUCCAGCUGGGGUAA